GCGCGUCCUCCUUAGAGCCGGGUGUAGAGCGCAGUGUCCGGGAGUUGGGCUGAGGUGGAUAGAGCUGGUCUUCCCAGCAGGGACGCGAGGAUUGAGGUCCAGGGCGUCAAGGACGCAUCCAGGAUAAAAAAUGUCAAUACUCACUUCUCCAAGAGGAAAGGUAGAAGUUGUUCACUGCCGAAGAACAGAGUCACGGGAUAUUUUUUGUAUCAAAAACCUAAUUAGAAAAUUUACCCAGAAGCUGUUUGGGAGGCUUAAUAUCAUCUAUCUUCUGGAGAAGGCAAACCUUGCCAUCACUCUCUGUAAUGACAAGGAGGAGAUCAUGGCCCACGCCACCUUCCUGGACUAUCCCAACUGGAACGUGGCCAACCAGGAAGACUGGGUGUCCAUGUUCUGGGAGCUCGACAAGGAACUCCAAUGCACACCUCUGAACACGUUGUUCAUGCACCUCUUUGUGGCCGUGGACGAGUAUUCUACUGGCUGUUGCAAAGAGAUAAUUUGGUCUGUGUUUAAGGCAGUGCCAGAGCUACACUUCAUCUUUCUCAUCGUGCCUGCCUACAUGAGCCUCGGUUCAACUCUGAUAACUGUGUUUGACCAAGUGGGGAACAUUCCGAAUCUGACCUUUGACGAGGACUUUGCUGUGCAUAUAUGUUACAGGCACAGCCAUUACCCUCAGCUGCACAUUCGCAAAGCCAGGGUGGAAGAUCAUGACGAUCUCAUGCCAAUAUUUAUGCAACAUGACACAAUUCUGAGAGCAACGUAUGGCGAAUACUUUCUGGCUGAACUAAUAGAGGCCCAAGACAAGGAGAAUCAUGCUGUCGUGUGUGAGGUGGAAGGUGUAGCUGUUGGGUUCAUGAGCGUGUGCUCAAGAGUGAACAUGGAGCUCCUCCAUCAGUGCUUUGACUUGGGGCCCUUCCAUGGAUUCUGCGACCCACAUCCUGAUGACGUUCUGGAGCAACCACGAGACCUAAGCUUUCAAGGAAGUCAAGAUAUUUCUCCCAUGCGUAGCAGACAGGAUUCCCAGCUAACAGUGAUGUCACAGGAACUUGGCACUCCAGAGAUCAAGGAAAGGUACAGUAUCCAGGAGAGAAUUGUAGAAGAAUCCUCAAUGGAGGACCUUGCAACAAGACUCGGAAGUGUGAUGGAGAACAUAUCUUUAACACGAGGCCUGGCUCAGGGUGUGUUUCAGAUGAGAUGGUCGAACCUUGAAGAUAUUAAGAGUUCCCGUUUCAGUUAUGUGAGCACGGCAUCCUCACAGCCUGGGGACACCACCCCCUUCCGCCCCGUCUACAAGGGAGCCUCUUCCGCCUUUUGUGUCCAGCUGUUUUGCAUCGAUGAGAAGUAUGAAGCCAGGUCACUGGACUUUAUGAAAUUUGUUUUCAGCCUUUUCCCUGACAAGAACUUCUGCCUCAUUUCUCUGCCGCAUCUCACCCCUGAAUUUGUCCUCAUCCAGAACUUUGUGAAGGUAGUCCCCUUCAACAACUGCACCCUGGAUCAGGACCUCUACUUCUUCCACCGGUCGGGAUUGCUCAAGAAGAUUAAGAUAAGAUUAGCCACUUUAUUGGAUACUUCUGGUGUUGAAUAUCUCAUCAGUAACCUCAAACUCAAUAAACGCAUAUUAGAGGAUUUAAAGCAAUACAAUGAUGCUCAGAGAGACCCUGGUGGAACACCACUGCAGGCAUUUGUAGCUGAGGUGGCAGAACAAGUGGUUGGCAUUGCAGUGAUCAGAGACGAAAUGGACAUCGAGUACAUCCGGUCCCACUACAACAUCGAAGACUUCAUCUACUUCAGUCACCACCAGCGCGAAGAGCACGCACACCUGUUUCACUUCGCCAUCAACCCCAUCUUCCGGCACUACACCAAGUUCUUCCUGAAGGAGAUCUUCCGCUUGGGACACAAGUCCUGUCUCUACUACCCCAUCUACCCGGCUUCCCGAGACGGCAAGUUCCAGAGCUCCUACGCCCACUCCCUGACGUCCGCCCUUCAUUACUUGGUUCCCGUGCGGCCACGACGACAGAUUGUCUAUCCUCUGGAAAAGCUGGGCAUCAACGCUCCAUCAAAGGAGGUCUCCAAGGAACCGAUGAGUUAUGCCUUGUACCAUACAAAUAGAAAACUAACGCUGGAACCUAAAAUAACGGUUAAUGCCAGGAUUGUGGUGGUUGGCGCAUCCAAUGUUGGAAUCUCCUUCCUAGAGACACUGGUUUUUUGCGCUCACCUGAAGUUCACCAACCUCACGCUAAUUUCAACCCACGGACUCCCUGGGAAAAAACUUCUGGGCUCGGAACAAAGGAAGUUUUUAGCAAGCGACCAGAGCUAUACUGACAAAGAUCACGCGCUGAUGUCGCUGUGCUCCUGGGUCAACGUGGUGGUCGGCAGGAUGACGGCCAUAGACCGGGCAGCCAAGCACGUGGUGGUCUCCCAGGAGGACAUCGUGCUCUACGACCACCUCAUCCUCUGCACCGGGCAGCAGUACCAGGUCCCAUGCCCUACAGGGGCUGAUAUCAGUCAACACCUGACCACCAGAGACAUCCCAGAGGGUAGGAAGCAGCGGUACACUGGUCAGGUUCCUCGAAAUCAUUUCACUCUCAACGAUGAAGAGGACUGCUUGAACGCCCAGAUUUGGAUAAGAAACCACUCCAUCACCACAGAAGGGAAUGUCAUUGUCUAUGGAGAUACAAUCGACACUUACACCACAAUAGAGAUGCUCUUACACCUCGGCGUGAGGGGCGCCAACAUCCACCUGGUGCAGCCCCCGCCCACUUCCAACAUCACCUGCAUCAACAACUAUUCGGUGGAAAAGGCGGUGGAAAGCGCGCUGCAAGCAGCUGGGGUUACCAUUUACGAGGAUGCGCUCCUGGCUCAGUGGAAUGAUGGCGAAAAAGACCCAGACUCCAUUCUCAGCGCCAGCUUCACCACGCUCACCAAGCCUUUCAAACUUCAGUGCUCUGUCUUCUUUAGCUUCUAUGAGAAGAAUGUGGAUUAUGAAACAUUUAAAGCAUUAAAUGAUGCAUGUCUUGUCUAUGAUGGCCGACUUGUGAUUGAUACGAACUUCCACACCAAUGACAUAGCCAUCAGAGCUGCUGGCUCCCUCACCAAAUUCUCCAAUAGAUAUUACUCAAAUCAGUGGUCUCACAGCAACUUCAGUUCCAAAGAAGUUGGCUUCCAACUGGCAGCAGCUAUGCUCUGUCUCUUUGAUCCAACCCUUGAGCCUGUGAUCGAGCCACCGGCUGACCUUGACCGACUCAUUCCCAUGUACAAGGGAGCCAAGAUCCAAGGAGGCAUUCUUCCUGGGUCUUACCAUUAUCUGCAUAUCAGCAAGCCUGGCAUUCCAACGCUCUUGGAGGUACAAAUGGCCCAGCCUGAUUAUGGUGAAGAAAUAAUAACAGGUAAAGCAAAAAAAGGCACUUAUUUCCGAAUUCAUAUUAACAACUAUAAAAUGGUGGAGACCAUCACAUGCCUCUCUAAGGAGCCUUUCCCUACCUCCAAUUACAUUCGCUUGUUUGGGCAGCACGAGCAAGCCCUCAACAACCUGUGUGCUCGGUUUGACGACAAGAUGAUCACCGAUCUCUACAGCUACUUCACGGAGCCCUGGUGCAUGGCCCUCUUUCACGAUCGUUUUAUUGAUCUCAGGAAAGAGUUACGCCAAGUGUUAACCUCCAAGAAGGUGAGAGAAGAAUCUCCCUCCAUGGAACAGUUAGCCUGUCAGCUAGUCGAUGAGGAGAUUAGCCUGAAUGAGAAGCCUAAGGCAUACCUCAAAAAAGUUUUCGAGGAAAGCAUCUACAAGUCGCUGGUGGAGAGGAGCAUCCUUGACUACCUGCAGUAUAAUCACUACCACCUGCCCAUGUACGCGUGGCCAGGCAUCAUUUAGUGUGGCCACGUCCUCCGCUUUAUUGUUUCCACACCUGGAGUUCCUGGAAGCGCUCUGAAUAAGUAGGAAGCCUCUCUGAAGCCUGGCUUGACAGCCAAGCACCAUUGUCUCCUGGGUUUUUUGUCUUCUCCGCCAGCACUUAUGCAUGACAUUUUCUAUCGUCCCAGUAGGUGGCGCACGGCUGUGCGCCUCUAUUCUGGGCCCUGGAGCUGCUCUGCUAAUACCAGACAUUUCCGUACAGAAUAAUCUAUUUUAGCAACACAAUAAGAUCAGACUGUGUAAGACUUGUUUUUACCGUGGGUAUGACGUUCAUUUCCUGAAAUGGUCUGCCGCCAAUUUUGUUAUUCACAUGUUUACCCAGUAAUAAUCCCAGGCAAUAGAAAGGAAAAUCGUGUGCCCGCGCGGACCAUUCGUAAAACUGAUGAUGAGAAAUUAACUCUGCCCACAGCAAAGGGACUGAUUGGGUAGGAACAUGUCAGACAACGUUUGGAAUGAGGAGGCUGCAGUCACAGGCCCUGUAUUUCUAUUUCAUGUUGUAGGCCAUGGGCAUAAAUGCAGUGAAAAACUAGAAUAUAACACACGUACAGAUUUUUUUUCUUAUUUUUUUAAAUUUCAUACAUGGGUGUUAGAAUAGAAAAUUGUAAUCAGAAAUUAGUUGACUUCCUUAAGCCCUUAGUCUUGUUGCUUUGCAUUGGGGCCUGCUACAUGUCACUUAUAAUGUGGGUCAGAGACCUUCUUACAAGUAAAGAAAAUUAAGUGCCUAGUAGAAAACAUGCAGAUUUAGAAACAACACAAGACUGUUUUCAUUUAUUUGGAUCUCUUUUAGGUGUUACUGUGACACUAUUUGUGGCUGAAUUUUGACCAACAGGGGCUUAAAUUUGGUCUCCAUAGACUUAUUUCCAGUUUUUGUUCAGUUUUUGCAUUCAUAUUAAUGUUUAGCAAAAGUUGGCACAAUUAGAAGGAUAACACAGCUAUUAGGUAGAAAGUUGUAGUUGGCAUUUCAGAUUUUUCACAUCCGUUAUCAUCAAAUUGAUUCUUCUCAAAAAUAACAUUGUUCUAGCACACUAGAGACUGAUUUUUCUAAUGCAGGUAGAAGUGAGCAAUAAACUCCACGAAUUCCCUCACAUGUGUGUUUUACCCAGCCUCGGUCACAUGGUAACCUGUGUAACCUGAACUGAGAACAAUCGCUACUGGUUUACUCCUCAAACUGCCAUCCCAACACCUAAGGACCCUAC